AUGAAUGUAGUGGCACUUGCGCAGGAGCCUGCCGACUGUCCCUCUGGCUCAGCUUGGACGAUAGAUGAAGUACCGAGUACAAGUCGUCAAGACUUACCUGUAACUCUGCCCGUUCCACCAUCUCCAUUGAUCCCUCCACCUGAUGUGGGCAUUCGACCUUGGUUACAGGUGGUUGCGGGCUUCUUCCUUAUGUUCAACGCCUGGGGAACAAUUUUCUCUUUUGGUGUAUUUCAAACAUUCUACACCUCAUCUGGAAGUCUGGAAAUCAGCCAAUCGCCAUCUGCUAUCGCAUGGAUUGGCUCAAUACAGACGUUUUUACUGCUAUUCGUGGGUGCAAUGAGUGGAAUUCUUUUUGACAAAGGCUAUUUCCGCUAUAUGAUAUUCUUCGGAAGUUCCUUGGUUGUGCUGGGCUUGGUGACCCUCUCCCUCGCAACUCGCUUUUAUCAGGUCCUCUUAUCCCAAGGAGUUUGCGUGGGCUUCGGCACUGGUCUCUUACUGGUCCCGUCUGUAGCACUCCCAAGUACAUGGUUUCUAAAGCAUCGAGGCAUUGCCGUUGGCCUUGUCUCCAGUGGAGCAUCGGUUGCUGGAGUCGUGCUUCCGAUCACGGUCCGAGCUUUAAUCAGAACAACGGGAUUUUCGUGGGCAGCUCGAGUCUCAGGUUUUGUGUCCCUUGUGACCCUCACCAUCAGCCUUCUUCUUGCCAAUCAACGUCUGCCUCGGAGGACCGGUGGAUCAUUCAUCGAAUACAAGGCGUUAAAGCAACCUGAAUUUGCGCUUUAUAUAUUCGGGCUCUUUAUUUCAAUGUUCGGCCUGUAUACUUUCUACGGCUUCGUCGAGAUAUGGGCCGUUAACCACCCUGCGAUUUCGAACACAGGCCUCGAGGCCAUCUACAUUCUUCCCAUACUGAAUGCUGCAAGUCUUGUCGGUCGAAUUGGACCUCUGUACUGCUCAGAUUCCCUAGGUCCACUGAACAUUCAAACGCCUGCAAUGCUGGUAUCCGGCAUUCUAUGCCUUCUUUGGUCAGAGGUAAGGUCUGCUGGUCCAUUUGUUCUAGUGGUCAUUUUGUACGGCAUAUCAUCAGGAACUGUGAUUGCUAUGCCGCCCGUGGUGAUAUCUAGCAUGACGAAUGACAUGACGACUUUUGGUGGCCGUAUGGCCGUGUUCUUUCUCACAAUAAGCUGCUCAUCUCUCGCCGGACCACCUAUCAACGGUGCUAUCAUCCAAGCUCAAUAUCUGAGGUAUGAGGGAUGUCAGAUCUUCUCAGGUGCAAUCAUUAUCCUGGCCUCGCUAUUCUUGUUUGCGGCACGAAUGACCAAGAGCAAGCUGAAAUUGUAUGUUAAGGUGUAA